AUGGAAGGGCACAAAUGCUCCUUGCAUAAUGAUAAGGAGGCAUCUCCACUUGACGAAGAAGGUACUCUUAUGCCUGUAGCAUCAGCCCCGGGGAGCAACACUAGCAUGGAUAAACAACUCCAAGCGGAUAAAUUACCUAGUCUGCCUUUACCCACCAAUUCAUCCUCCUCUCCCGUACAGCUUUCUGUGAACGGACUGGGAGGCGAUCAACUAGAAUCUAUGCAGUCUAAGAGCCUUUCCCCUCAGGAUGCUGCCACUGCGGAGAAUGGAAUCACCAUUCCCGCAGGUGCUGUGCUGAGAAAGCGAGCCAUUGAGAAAUGUAACAACGAUAGUAACCAUCAAGAUUCUGCUGCACGACGCGUUCUUCGGCAGCACAAGCUGCCGACUGACCUCCCAAACCAUUCCACGGCAGCUUCUAGUACUACUUUGAAUAUGUCGGCAACGGGGAUGGGGAAUGAGCGCCGACUUGCGUCGCCAAGGGGUCCUCCUUCGGCGUCGAACAUUGUGGCAAAUCCUAUCAUAAGCGCUCUUCCGACGCUCAGUAAUCGUCUAAAACUUAGUGAGGGUCUCAGCUGUAUAGAUUACCUACCUGCGUUUCGUGCGCUUGCAAUUGGAAGCACAAGACAGCUGCACAUUGUAGAGGUAAUUCCUGCUGUUUCCUAUGAUGUGUAUCGAUAUAAUCAUGAGCAAAUCUGGAAUAGUAGACAACAAAAAGCAGAAACGUCAUGGGAUACGGAUAACGAGGAUUUCGCAGCUAGAGAUGUUAAUGAGAAAGGUGGUGGUCAAGGUACACCUCCUAGAAUGCGAGAAGCAUUACCAACACAAGCAAUAUCUACUCCCUCAAGGCGUACUCCUCCUGGGGCAUACAUUCCCGAUAGCCGAUGUGGUGGCAGCAGUUCACCUGGUGCCGCUGAGUUCACAUGUGCCAGUAAUGAGAGCCAUGUAAAGUGGUGUAGAGACAACUCCAGCACAGCCUACAAUACUUUAGAGAAUCCUAGCAUUCAAACCUUUACAUCUUUUUGCCGCCGAAGUGUGCCUUCGGGUUCGCAGCCCUCUUUAGCUAACAGUAGCAGCCCUUAUGUACUCCGUAACGCUGGAGUGUUUGGCGGACUCAUGAAGGUAGAAUCGGUUGCUUGGUACCCUAGUUGCAAUGAGGCGAGUUUGGCCUUUGUUCAGCCAGGUCGUGCCGUUACCGUUUUCCUUGACGUCCUGCAAUUUAAAAGUGACGGCAGCUACGUAUCACAGCAGUGGAAGCGAUCGCAAGGCAAAGGAAAGACGCUCCAUGCGACGCUCAGUGUCGGUGGGGGCUCCACCGCGACAGCCGUCGUCGCGCCAUCCGGUUGUAUGCUCUUCUCGUGGCCGAUGAAGACAAGCCUAACGACCUCUUUGUCGACGCCUGGUUGGGGUAAAGGAGGGCAGACCGUGGCUCUCACAAACCCGACCAUGACUCCCUCCUCUUGUUCUGGUAACGGCCCGGAGCAGGCCUCGGUAGAGCGCAGCCCCGGGGGCGUCUUCGCCAAGAAACUUAUUGAAUUAGCUAUCGACUGCACCUAUGUUCGGGUAGAGUGUAUUGCGUGGGAUCCACACAACCCCCACACACUUGCCCUUAGCUCUAACCUAACACACUUCGAGUUGUGGCAUAUUCCAACCGUUGGUGAUAGGGUGUACGCACCGCAACUGGUGCUUCGACCACCGGCACAUAAUACCCGUUCUGUUGCUCGCUCCCUUGCCUUUUCGCCUUCAGAUGCGAAUCUCAUCAUUGUUGUUGUGGAGUCCGCAAGCGCUGGACAAGUCCUUCUUUUCGAUCGACGGCAGGUUGAAGUUCCGCGCUCGCUAGAUGUGAUGGGGCCUGGCCUCACCGCUGCCUUCCACCCGAUCUUCUCAGACCUUCUUGCGGUCUGUUUCCGAAAAGCUAAGACGAAAACGGACUGCAGGGUCGCCUUUUUGCGUGUUCUGGAAGAUAGCCAACAAGCUGAGAUAGUAAAGACGGCCGUUCCGGCUCAGACGUCAGUGGGCGACGCCUCUUAUACCGAAAUUUUAUCAGGCUCCACAAGCUCGGCCACGGUGGCGAAAGGUAUGCAGCAUCACCACUCAGAUGUACCACGCGAAGGGCAUGGCGAUGUCUCGUCCGACGCAAUUAACAGCGCACUGACAGCCACCAUGGCAGGGACGGAGGCGUUGCUGACCUCUGCAGGCGUCAUGGAGGUUCCACGGGUUGUCCAACAGGACAUUCUGCAGCCCAUUGAUCACUACGCCAGUGUGAAUCGCCUGCAAUGGCGUCCGGGCUCUUGUGGCAUGAAGCUGUCGGCGGAAAGUCCCGACCACCACUUCCGAUGCUGGUUCCCAAGUCCAGAGCCAUUCAUCGCGCUUCGCUCCGCCGGUGAGGUCACAAGUCAUUUAGGAUCGUCAUGCUUUACAGGCUCAACUAGUACGGCAGCGGCGCGGCGACGAGAUAGGAGCCAGGAUUUUGCAGAGAAGCCAGAGGGCGUCACGCCUGAAACAGAAGAGAUGCUCAAGACAGCGAGUUAUGCGCGUCUUAAGUCUGGGGUGGAACUCUUGGCUUCCCAGCUGUGGUUCGCGACGGCUGCUACAACAACGGACUCCGAUGUGUGCGUGUGGGACGCGGUGAGUGGGUUUGUACCAGUGUGUGUGGCCUCCCACCAGUCUAAGGAUGGGCGCGAGCUAAACGACUUCACGUGGGUGAACGAACUGACGUUGGUUACUGUGUUUAAGAGUGGAGAGGUGAUUUGUACUUGCUUGAUGAAUAAUAACCAUUUUGAAGAUUCAGUACUUGUGUGCCCAUCGCUUGGCGCAAGCGAGGAUGAUGCGAUGACGAGCACCACAACCAAGAUUCCGCAGCAGCAGGGGCACUUGAGCCCUGUUAGUGGGGCUACCCCAAAUCCGGAACGUGCAGCAAAUGAUCAUGGUCACAUGAUGUUGUGCUAUCCACCGGACGACGCGGUGCGUGUUCUAAGCCUGCACUCCAUCAUGCCAACAUCUGCUGUAACGUGUGACCUCUUUGGGCGAAGCUUUGUCGUUCGCAAUACAUCCUCACGACUUAAGAACUAUUAUCAGUGCGUAAUUCAAAGCGAGCGGAAGGACCUCAUCAGGAGGCUUCUGAUACAAGUUGGUAAUGAGGAAAUACAACGUGAGCGAGUUGCACAGCGACGUGGUAUCCGCAUUCAUGUCCACUACCGAUUCGAAGAAAUAUUACAAGCCCUGUUUGGUGAUGCAAAAUAUAAUGUUCAGGCCACAAUAUGCGACAUUGUAAGACAAGACGCAGGCGAUAGAGCGGUUCAGCCCUCUCACACGGAGAUAAAUAGAUGUGACUGGGGGUUUCCAAACGCCGAAACCGCCGCACCUAGCUUUCUUUUCUUCCCAACACUCACUUCAUCCAGGGAGCGUGCAACAGGUAUGGAACGGAGAGAAAAAAAUGCUGAAACUGGAGAUGGUAUCGAACCGCUCUCCGUGACAGGACUUGAUGAGACACUCAUGUUGACAACUUCUUCCCAAAGCGUCGCAAAGCCGCGGCGGCGCCAACAAAACACACGGACUCAAUUUUUUUCACGCAUUCUGGGGUUCAUUCAGCAUCCUCUCUCACUCGGGCAUCAGGAGCGCCCUCUUGAAAUCAGUGGAGUUGAUGGAUCUACAGCGACCAUGAACAUGGGGUCCGCAGCUACAGACGAUGCCAGAGCGCCUCAUUCAUCUGUUCAGGGAGGUCAGUACACUCAUAACGAUCUAGUUGAUAUUAAUCGCUUAGGCACGGCAGCUGAAAUAAAAAGUCGUGCUAACAUGGGCACGUCACAUUUGUCGACCCGAGUAGCUUCGGAUCUACAGCAGCACCAGCUUUAUCGAGGAGGUUCCACAAGCUUAUAUGAAACGCCUAAUGUCAUGGAUCGUAUCAGCGGAAACAACGAUGCGACGUGCCUUCAGGAUGUCACACGUCACCACUCGACGCUUUCUGAUGUUUCUUCCGUGGGGCAACGGAACAAAAUUUCCAUGGGUCAGGACUGCACUUCACAAAAGCCACACCAUCAGACUCCCGCACGCUCAUUUCCUGUGGUGAAUGCAAUAUCACAGCGUUCCCCUGAUUACCGGCACAUGUCAAUCUUUCCGCUCAUCAGUAGCCCAACAAAAGUUUACAUAGAGCAAGGCCCAACAGCUCCGGCCUCUCCUAUCUCUGUCAUUUCUGCUUUUGCUGACGGUUUAGCUGUCAUCAAGCAUUCAGGGGCCAACCCCCUCGAGCGUGAGCCCCUGGUCUCUACUAACGACCACAAGAAUCUUGUCUUCUCAAAAGAAGAGCUUUCAGUGGUGAGUGAUAGUCAAACAGCAAGCUGUAAGAUCAGUCCAACGAUUAGAAGGGACAAGAUGGGACUAUUUGUACUCGAGCGCACUGCUUUUCCUCAAAGCCCUAAAAUCAACCCUACUGUCACUAUCCCUAUUUCCGCGAUGCUGCGUCGUGACAAUGCCAUUCCGAUUUCCCUCACUCCUGAGGUGCUUCAGAACAGCCCCCCAGGGUAUUCUUCCGCGCGCGAAGUCACUAGCCUCAACAGCGACAACCGUAACGACAAUACAGCCUGUGCCGGAGGUUCCUUGUCUGAGGCUUCUUUAAAGCUUUGGACAAUUCUAAACACCGCAUCCAUGCAGCACUGUGUCAAUCCGGUGAUAGAGAAUUGCGUCUUGAGCAACGCCGUUUGCACAUGGGCCUAUACGGAGUGCCAAACAGAGACCAACCUCUUCGUGCGAUAUGCUUUAGAGUGGGAUAUGGGCUAUGAGCUGGCUCUCACCAUGAAACGCCACCGUCACUGGCUUGACGAUGAGGCUGAAAAGGAGGAGUCCAAUUGCCAAGAAAAAUUGCAGAAGCCUGGACGGAAAUCAUCCGUACUCCUUUAUCAUAAAGACAAGAAAAAGAAACUUCACGGUUUGUCUGCGUCAGCCUCACGACCGCAACAGCACGUGCUACUUCAGUCACCAAAACAGAUAGACAUUAUUUUCUCUAAUAUGAUGUCCCAUAAUUAUCGUAUCUGCAAGGCACAAUAUGAUCCCAGCGCAGCUAAGGGUCGCAAGAGUGGCAAUAGUGUUGGGAAUGAUGACGGAGAUCGGAGCCCCCAAGAUCCGAGAGCACAGUUCUGGCGUGCUGCUUCGUAUGCUUGGCGAACACAUAAUCUUGAAACCAUUCUGUCUGUGACUACAAGUCAACUAGAGUAUACUUCGCUCAUGGGUGACGUUCAAUACAGCCUGGUUCUUUACGUACUCUUCUGUCUUUGGUGGAGACUGCGGUAUCAUUCCCCACAACAUGUCGCUGCAGGUUUUCCCUCUCAGGCUGAGUCGACGGCAGAAAAUGAUACACAGCCUGAACAUCGCGAGAGUGUUGACCAAGAAGGACGAGAUCAUUACACAUGGCAGUACCUUCGGCCAGACCCAUCAGACUACGCUUCCAGUAUCAACCACACCUCUCCACUUGGCCAAGAAGUUGUGAAGGACAAGCCGGGAUUCGCACAAAACUUCUCCGCGAUGCCCCCUUGUCCCUUAUUACCGGGGCGCUCGUCCAAACCACAGACGGUAAAACAGCGAGAAACAUCCCAACCGUUUCCCCACGUGUCCGAGACCAGGAGCCCAGAGACGUCUCGAUUAUCUUCGGCGAAGGCUAACACAUUUUUUCCAGCGCAACCUGUCAACACAACAGAGAGACACGAGGACUCUACCACAUGCGUCAAAAGUACACCUAACAUUUGCAGUUGUGACGCCUCAUGCACGCCUGAGCAAUGGAAGCUACGCGCUUUGCAGUGGCUUGAGGUUUACACUUCGGAGCUCUACGCAUGUAGAUUGUACGUUCCCCUCAAUGAGCUACUGUUAAUUAUCCCAGAGCUCUUUCAAGAGCCGUACAACCCGGUCCAGCCCAGGGCGGCAGACAUUGCCUAUGAAAAGCAAAUGACCUACGUCUUUUGUGGCAACUGCACGAAGUCUGAGCUCUGUACCUUACCCGUUAAGGGUUUGGAUCUUCCUACGUACUCAAGCAGCCCUACUACAACAGUGAUGUAUCGUUCAAAUCACCACGCUAGUGACACACACAUUGGCAUGGGGCGGGAAAAGGUUUAUCGAUGGCAAAAGAAGGAUUCUACAAAUACAUAUUUGCCUUCUUCAGCUAUGAAUGCAUCAGAAGCAUCCAAAACAUUGACAUCCAUUUACUCAGAGUCACAACUAUCACAAAUAAAGUUGAGUUUGAAAGAACGAAGGAAGCAAUUGCUCAAGGAGCCUCCUCGGAUGGCUAAAAUGAAGCGACGAAAAGGCUGCAUUAGAGCGUCUAGUGUAUUGGGGGUUUCUCAUUCGGCUGACUUUUUAAGUGUGCUCAACUACUCAGAUUCCUCUCAAAAAACACACGAAAGUGACGACUCCUAUUCAGUUGAUCACAGCCACAUUUUUUCGCGAAUGAGUAGUACUCAUAGUUUAUCGACCAGCACCACUACAGAAAACUUAAGCAUUCCCCUCCAAAGCGAAUUCGAAUCACUGUCACUUCCGGCAUACCGACGCAGGGCUAGAGAUGAUCGGUGUGCUGAGCUAGCUUGUGCUCAUCUAGAUAUGGGCAAUCGAGCCAACCCCCACAACGCGCCUACCAUGUCCUGGAGAAGUGCGGACGACGACGCCCUCGUUAACGAUGUCGAUGACGAAAUGGGCAUGGAUGCGGUCGAGACUGAAGAAAUGUCCAUACAGCUUCUUCCGGGGCAUGCGAUUCCUAAUAAUGCAGAAUGCCGUCAUUGCCAUAACACAACCGCCAUGACGUGUGUUGUAUGUGAGGAGGUUGUGGAGGGGUUGUUCUACUGGUUGCGGUCUUGCGGGCAUGGAGGCCAUGUCCAUCACAUGCAGCAAUGGAUGACGAUUUCAAGCGAUUGCCCAAAGUGUGGUGUACCUAUAACAAGUGCCGCAUCACAAAAAUAG